AAAUUUGAAAACAAAACCAGAAAAAGGGAAAGAGGGGCAGAGCCUUGUUUUGGCUCUUUCCUCUCACCCGUGCAGUGGGCCCCUUUCUCGAUUUCAUGUCAGUCUCCCUCGAGAAUCUUUCCACUCUAUUAUUCUACUCAACUCCCUCUCUCUCUGUACUUCUACCCUCUGCAAAUUUUUGAACUUGAAUUCUCCCAUUCCUGUUUUAGCUUUGGCUUUGCUUUCUUUCUAAUUCUAUUGGCGCUCAAUCUCUCUCUUUCUCUCUAUGUGUCUAUAUGAGCAGCAAUAAAGUAAUUAGGAGAAUUAGGUGAGGGGCUCUUGUCUAAUCUCAACUCCUAAUUUUUUUUUGUCCCUGUGUGUGAAAUAUCCACUUCACUUUCCUACCUCUCACUCCCUUUCAACUUUCCUUAAGCUGGGAGAUUCACUUGCUCCUAAAAAAAUCUCUUCUUUUUCUUGGAGCUCUAUGCUGCUCUUGAAUCUUGGCGUUUUCGAAACAGUGAAGAAAGAGGGUGGUUAAGAUGGACCAGUAUGAAAUUCUGGAGCAGAUUGGGAAAGGUUCUUUUGGUUCUGCUCUUCUCGUGCGGCAUAAGCACGAAAAGAAGAAGUAUGUGCUGAAGAAGAUCCGUCUUGCUCGUCAAACUGAUAGAACCCGCAGAUCUGCUCACCAGGAGAUGGAGCUUAUUUCCACAGUGCAGAAUCCUUUUAUUGUGGAGUACAAAGAUUCCUGGGUUGAAAGGGGUUGCUUUGUCUGCAUUGUGAUAGGCUACUGUGAAGGAGGAGACAUGGCAGAAGCUAUAAAAAGGGCCAAUAACGUUUAUUUUACUGAAGAGAAAAUUUGUAAAUGGUUAGUUCAACUCUUAAUGGCGCUUGAUUAUUUGCAUGCCAACCAUAUUCUUCAUCGUGAUGUCAAGUGUUCAAACAUAUUUUUGACAAAGGAUCAAGACAUACGUCUAGGUGAUUUUGGUCUUGCUAAAAUGUUGACUUCUGAUGAUCUAGCUUCCUCUGUUGUGGGAACUCCGAGUUAUAUGUGCCCUGAGCUUCUUGCCGACAUACCAUAUGGUUCUAAGUCGGAUAUUUGGUCUCUAGGGUGCUGUAUAUAUGAAAUGGCCGCUCACAAGCCAGCAUUUAAAGCCUUUGAUAUACAAUCUCUGAUCAACAAAAUCAACAAGUCAAUAGUGGCUCCACUUCCAACAGUUUACUGCGGUGCAUUUCGAGGUCUUGUUAAAAGCAUGCUGCGCAAAAAUCCAGAACUUAGACCAAGUGCUGCAGAGUUGCUUGGCCAUCCCCUGCUUCAACCGUAUGUUAUUAAGAUCCAUCUAAAAUUAAAUAGUCCUCGAAGAAAUACGCUCUCAGGUGACUGGUUUCACUCCAGCUACGAAAAGAAAACAAGAUUCACAGAGCCUGAAGCUAUCCCCAUUAACUAUAUCAGAGAGAAAAGGCGGUCAUACAGCAAUGACAGGAACUUAAAUCCAAGUAUUUCUGGAACUGAACAAGACUCUCUGGGUUCUAGCGUGAGAGAUUAUGACAUCAUAAAGUCAGUGGCGACAAAGUUGACUGUUGCCAAUACUCCAAGAUUGACACCAGCAAAAGUUUCUGCUACCCCCAGGAGACAAAUAACACGAUCAAAAAUUUCUCACAUCAGCUCAAAACGUGAUUCACUUCCAGUGUCGCAUUCUCCGGCAAGGAAAUCUUCCCUGUCAACACGAAGACAAUCUCUUCCAUUGUCAACAAGAGCUACUCCUUUCCAAACCCCAUAUAGAGCCAUUGCUGGUCGACUGGGGAGUGUGGAGUCACCUGACGUUUCUGUCAAUGCCCCUCGAAUGGACAAGAUGGCUGAAUUCCCCCUAGCCUCUUCUGAAGAUCCAUUCAUUCGCAUGCGUGGAACUUCAUCCACAUCAGCACAAUGCUCUUCUACGACCCCAGACAGCAUCAACCGCUCUAUCACAAAGGACAAGUGCAUGGUCCAGGUUGUUCACAGAACCUUCUCCAAGUCCAAUGUGAUCGAUGGCAACCAUGAAGCUGCUCGAAAUGGCAGCGAGUGCUCUGAGCAGAAUCCUGCAACUGCUGUUUCAAGCCAUUCUUCUUCUGAAUCACGUCAGAAUCGGUUCGACACCUCAUCGUUCCAGCAACGUGCAGAAGCAUUGGAAGGGUUGCUCGAGUUCAGUGCACGCCUUCUACAACAAGAAAGGUUUGAUGAGCUUGGUGUGCUUCUGAAGCCCUUUGGACCCGAGAAGGUUUCGCCCAGGGAAACUGCCAUUUGGUUGACCAAGAGCUUCAAGGAGACGACGGCCUAGUUCGUUUUCCGUUCACUCUGAUCUUCUUGUUGUAACUUGUAUAUUACCGGCUUCCUUAAUGUCAUGGAAGUCAGAAAGUGAGUAGCGGUUAAGAACCUUCAUGCUGAAGGUGACAUGGAGAGUGUUAAAGUGUGGUAAAAAAAAAAGAGUGGAUUUUUAGACCGACAACCAAAGACAAUUUCCAAUGGAUUUGAAUGUAAUAUUGUUGGUUUCUUGUUU